AAAUGCUCUUUCGUCACUUCGUCUUUUUCUUCUUGACCACCUCUCAUGUCAUCCGUCCCUCCAGUUUGCUCGACACCUCCGUCGGUGGAGACUCUCACUCCCCCUAUUACUCCGAAGCUUAAUGACGACCCUAACUCGCAGCCCUCAAAGAAGUUCAUUGACGAUCCCGAGCACGUCCCUGCGGAUGCUAACAUUCCCGAUAACUACGUGUCGUACACUCUCAAGCAACAAAAGUCUCUUCCUCCGAUCACUUGGGACAACUGGUACACAAAGUUAAACUGGUUAAACGUUGCAAUUCUCGCCGGCACGCCCGUUAUAGGUCUCGUCGGCGCGUACUACACUCGCCUUCGAUGGGAAACCGCCGUUUGGUCAGUGGUAUACUACUACAUGACCGGCCUCGGCAUCACUGCAGGUUAUCAUCGGCUAUGGUCACAUCGUUCUUACAACGCGUCGAAGCCCCUUCAAUAUUUUCUUGCAUUCGUUGGCGCAGGUGCGGUUGAAGGCUCUAUCAAAUGGUGGUCACGAGGACAUCGUGCUCACCAUCGUUACACCGAUACCGACCUUGACCCAUACAACGCACAUCGCGGUCUUCUAUGGUCGCACAUUGGAUGGAUGGUUGUCAAGCCCCGUCGCAAGCCUGGCGUUGCUGAUGUUAGCGACUUGACAAAGAACGAGAUCGUGAGGUGGCAGCACAAAUACUACCUGAGCCUUGUCGUGAUCAUGGGCUUCCUCUUCCCCACUGUUGUGGCUGGCCUUGGUUGGGGCGAUUGGCAAGGUGGCUACGUAUACGCCGGUCUUCUGCGUCUUUGCUUUCUUCACCAUUCCACUUUUUGCGUGAAUUCGCUCGCUCACUGGUUGGGUGAAACGCCAUUCGACGACAAACACAGCCCUCGUGAUCACUUCGUAACUGCCCUCGUCACAAUCGGUGAAGGAUACCACAACUUCCACCACCAAUUCCCCAUGGACUACCGUAACGCCAUCAAGUGGUACCAAUAUGACCCUACAAAGUGGUUCAUUUGGUCGUGCCAGAAGCUUGGCUUCGCAAGCCAUUUGAAGUCCUUCCCUGACAAUGAGGUCCGCAAAGGUCAGCUUACCAUGCAACUGAAACGUCUUCGCGAGACCCAGGAAACCCUGUCAUGGCCUUCUGAUAACAGUGACUUGCCCGUCAUUUCCUGGGAGAGCUACCUUGAACAAGCCAAGAGUCGUCCGGUCAUCUGCGUUGCUGGCUUCAUUCAUGAUGUUUCAGACUUCCUUGACGAUCACCCAGGAGGCCGUCACUUGUUGACGAAGCACAUCGGCCGAGACGCUACUACAACAUUCUUUGGAGGCGUUUAUGACCAUAGCAACGCCGCACAUAACGUGAGGCAUAUUUUAGCUGUCGCGCGAUCAUAUCUUGACUAAUACCUUGUGCAGCUCCUUGCAAUGAAGCGUGUCGGCGUUCUUCACGGCGGAGCUCCACAUGGCCUUGAAGAUAAGGUCAUCCCUCCAAGCCAGCGCCUUCGCAUUGCACGAUACAACGAGAUCGGUGGCAGCGGAUACAGCUCGGCAG